GCAAAGAUAUACUGAAUGAGCGCGCUCAGUGCAACAGCUGCAUAGUGUGAGAUUUGCAAACAUUGAAUGCAAGCAAUCUGGCUGGCUAACAAUUGGCUAACUUAGCUAACCAGAACAUUACAGCGGACAUGAUAAAGUUAAGGUUGGGCUACUUAUUAAGUGACUACUAGAUUGCUGUCAAUCCCGUUACUUUCAUAAAUACGAUGGUUUCGGGCUAGUGCGCAAACAUAACACCGAGGGGAAACAUCAAGUACUCAGAUGAUCUCCAGUGCUGACACACUUGCCCUUCUUCACAUCAAGUGGAAUUGCUUCAGCUUUUCACAUUUACAACAUCAUGGCUAGCUUCUAUGCUCCAAGUUCCCUGGCAGCAGUUAAACUGACUUUCUGACAUGGCUGUUAACUGAAGUGGACAAAAGUAUUUAUCGUCCAUCCAAAAUCUGCCUAAUUUGACCAUACUUGGCCACUGGAAGGCCUUGAUAGUACUGUUUCAGUCAAGUAGGGGUGAAGAGGCAUUCAGGCAAGCUGCCGUACAUCUGGAGUCUGACUUCUGAGCUGCAGAAAGAUGCCUACUCACCCACUAAUCCCAUUUAUGGAGAGUCCUGACGGACUAGGACAGGACUUUCUCAGCAGCAGCAGUGCCAGUAUGCCUGGUGCCGGCUCCAGCAUGACACCCCAUGCCAGUCUUGCACAGAAAAAUGAUGUCCAGCCAGUAGGCGCCACCCUAGCAGUGGACUGUAUGUUUUGUGAACAAAGCUUUCAGCAGCAGGAAGACUUGGGACCACAUGUAUUGUCCGAGCACCCUACCACACUGUUUGGCCCAGCUGUUUUACGGGUGGAGGCAGAGUUCCGAACCCCUGGCGAACGGCCACGUCCCAGACUAGAAAAUGUCAGCGACCCAGUUGAUCUCGAGGAGGCGCCACCUAGCUGUGUGGUGUGUGGACAGGAAGUGGUAGAUGCAGCUGAGCUGGAGAUUCAUAUGAAGCGCCAUAAGGACUGCUACUGCUACUGUUGUUCAAUAUGUGGCCGUCGCUUCAAGGAGCCCUGGUUCCUCAAGAACCAUAUGCGUGCACAUGGCAGUAAGGCUCGUGGCCGAACCCUCCAAGACCCUGAGGGUCCAGUCACUAUCAAUGGGGUUGUGCAGGACCAACCCCUGCCCAGUGGGAUGUCAAGCUACCGGUUGUGCAUGAUCUGUGGAUUUUUCUUUGCUGACAUGAAGGCACUUACUGAACAUAGCCGAGCACAUUGCCACAGGUUAGAGUCUGGUGAAGAAGGGGAGGAAGGGCCGUGUGAACAGCGUCCAGAAGAUGGUGAAAAGACCCCUACCUGCCAAGAUGCAUUCCUGAGGCUGUUCCAGCUGCAGCCAGCAGCUCAGACCUUAGAGCAACAGAGGGCCAGCCGUGGAAUUGCCCUCAACCCUGUCAACACCUACCAGGCCUGGCAGCUGGCCACCAAGGGGAAAAUUAUGACCGGAGUCAACGUGGCUAAAGAGCUCAGCCCGGACUCCAUAUCCGACAAUGAGGAUUCCUGCUCGGACAAGGAGGAGCUCGGCCGAAUAUGGGGCUCUGGACAAGGUGGGAGAGAGGAGAGAGCUGGGAAGGAUGGCCCUCACGGUCACCUCAAACCCAGCGGAGCGGAGACGCCUUCUCCAGAGCCAGACCAGAAAAGCCUGAGGAAAGACAAGCCCACACACUGCCAGGAGUGUGGAAAGACUUUCCGCACUUACCACCAGCUGGUGUUGCACUCUCGCAUCCACAAGAGAGAGCGGGUCGGAGCCGAGAGCCCCACCCCUUCAUUGGAUGGGAAGGCCUAUAGCACUGGCUCAGCUGACAGCACAGGACUGGACAGAACGGAGGAGUAUGCAGAAGAUGUCUGUGAGAACGGCAAUCCAGAGCUCCUUUCAGAUAAAAAAGACGAGAAGUUGAAGCUGAAGAUUCUUGCACCGUCACGUACAUGCACGUAUUGCAGCAAGACCUUUCGCUCCAACUAUUACCUCAAUAUUCAUCUCAGGACACAUACAGGUGAGAAGCCAUAUAAAUGUGAGUACUGUGAUUAUGCAGCGGCACAGAAGACCUCCCUGAGGUACCAUCUCGACCGCCGCCACAGGGACAAGCCUUACACUGAGAUCCCAAACAUCCCUGUGUCCUCCACUACCCCCACACCCAUUACCAAGGAGAAGGAGCCCUCCUACAGGUCCUUCUCCCCUAGUGUUCCCAGCGCUGUGGAGGCUAAGCCUGACACCAGGGAUGGCCUGUGUCAACGAAGCACCAUGGCCAGCUGCAGCUCAGUGCCACAAGCAAAGGCCGAGCCAGCAGAUAGGGUGUCAAAGGUCAUCACAGCCUUGAAGUCUGGAGACAAAGAUGAGGAAACCCUGAAGGCUGAAGGUGGUGAGGAGUGGGGAUCCCCUCUGGACUUGUCUGUGAAAGUGUCUGUGUCGGUAGCGUCUGCCUCUGAGCUUUGCAGCCAGCUGCCCACCAACACCUGCCUGUCCUGCCCCUUCAGCUCCCUCUACCCGGAGGUCCUUCUGAUGCACCGGAAGCUGGUCCACAAAGAGAAGCUGGAGCAGAGCAAGCGGCAUGCGGGCAGAGGCUCUGGCACUGCCCUAAAACUGAAACGUCACACAGGAUGCCCCCCGGCUCUUGAGGGAAGAGAUGUGAGCCCUCUGAUCACCGUGGACCGCAAGCACCCUCGGAGGACCUCAUCUCCGCCACCCCUUCCAGCUCAGCCUCCAAAAGCUGUUGGGAAGAGCCAGCCCUUUCUUAACAAAGCCUUUCAUUCUCUGCCUAAAUGCUCCUCUCUUAAAAAGCCAGAACUGGACAGACAAGGCACCAGGUUGAUCGUUCCGCAUCCCAGCCAUGUGUCCGGUAAACUGGAUCUGGGACCCGCUGAAUCCUCCUCAGUGGCUGGCAAUAAGCAAGUUGCGAUGCUACUGGAUCGGGACAGAGGUGCGAGUCAAAGGGGAAGUGCACUGUCUUCGGUUCAAGGCAGUGUGGUGUGGCCUUCUGACGCAGUGCGCCUCUGCCUGUCCAGCAGGUUUGCACGGCUUCCACAGAGAGACUAUGACGAGCCUGUCACCAAGCGACUUAAGCAGUGUGACUCUGCGUUCGAUCUGCCUGGAGCCAGACGGCCACUAGAGGAGCACUCUCAUCACCUGCCCCCAGACCUGGCCAGGGUCAGCGUGCUGCCACAGGGCAACGUAGCCUCCGCCGCUGGUCAAGGAAACAAAAUGGCCCCCUCUGUGGGCACAGCACCUCGAGACUCGGACAGGAGCGUGAUCAGCCUGCUACGCUCCUACAGCCCCAGUGACCUGGCCUCAGUGUAUCGUAGCAACCCCAGUGACCUGGCCUCAGUGUAUCGUAGCAGCCCCAGUGACCUGGCCUCAGUGUAUCGUAGCAACCCCAGCCCUGCUAACCCACAUGGCACAGUGGGCAGAUCCUUGCUGUACCCUCAGUACUCUGGUAGCCUGCUGCAGAGGCCAGAGCCUCCCCAGGCAGGCCGACAGGAGCCCAAACACAGCCGACCCUCAGAGAAGAACUCUUAGCACUCAUCAUGGUCUGUAGUGUUCAAAGCAUUCUCCUACUUCAAAUGCAACUGGAUGGAAGGCUUGGACCUCCACUAACAAGCUGUGACCCUUUUUGUGUGCUCAUAUAUCUCACUACAUGAGAUGUGUUGGACUCUUGUAGUUUUGUGGUUGUGAGUGGAUAAACAUUGUAUGACUGAGAGAUUGGUUUAUUGGUGUGGUUGGAAGCUGAAACUUUCUCAAUCUAUCCUCACUGCUACUUAUUUGUUUUGGAGUAUAGUUUAUAAACAGCAGAAAGUGGGCACCUCUUUUGAAGCCCUUACAUCAUGUACUUUAAUGUUGUUCAUCUUCCCAAGAUGGCCAUAUUCAGAGAAUGGUCCAGCCAUCUAAAAAAAUGAACAUCAUUCAAAUCUCUUGAUUAUCUUGUUACCAAUGAAGCUUUUGGUGCACAGUCUGUUGAAAUAAUGUUUAAUGAAUGAAAGCGUUUCUAUUAUUCUAUUCAGUUACGGCUAUGUAGGUUUGAGGUGAGGUUUAACAGAAUUUAAAGGUAUGGAAGAGAAGAAAAUAUCCAUUUCAAAUAUACAUCUAAGUCAACUCUUGUUCAAUGCAUAAUAAUGUUCUUACUCUGAAACCGGUUGAAACGUGUGUGUGUGUGUGUGUGUGUGUGCGCACGUGUGUGGUACAUGGUCAGCUGAGGAGAAAAUUUGAUUGAUUGAUGUUUGUCUUGUGCACACUCCAUUUGUCAAAAAACCCACAACAGUUUCUUUUUGCUCUGCUCUGGAUAAGAGAAGUAUAAAAACCUGUAGCUGUCGCGAGUCUCCCUGAGCUCAAGCUCUGACUCCAUCAGCACUUCUGGGGGAUCCUGUGUAGGUGUUGGUUCACCACAAGCACUGUGACUACUACUACUACUACUACUACUACUACUACUGGGACCCAGGUUGGCUGUUGGCAACAGCCCUGGUUUUUCAGGCCUGUGUUCAACUGUAUUUGCAUUUUAUUUAAAGUCAACGUGUUACACAUCAGAAUGAUUGUGAUAUGGUGUUGUCAUUUUUUGUUUGUAUAUUUAUUUUCAACACGUGGUGUUUUUUAUUUGUCUACAUGGGCCAAUCUCAGUGAAUGUAUGCUUGCUAUUGUCUACAUGGGCCAAUCUCAGCGAAUGUAUGCUUGCUAUUGUCUACAUGGUCCAAUCUCAGUGAAUGUAUGCUUGCUAUUGUCUGUAUGCUUAUUUCAAGUUCUGCCGUGUCAUGUCUUAGAACAUUGAUGGACUAAUGCCUAUCCCAGUCUUCUUACAGCCUGAUUUAUACUUGAAACCAGUGUGCAUCAAUUUGAGAAGGGUAUUUCUGUUGUUUUUUUACUUGUGUUGAUGGAUUCACAUUGUAAUGCUGGCCAACAACCAAGAUGGUGUGGUACAGAUAAAGGAGCCUGGCAUAGACAUGCUCUGAUUAGACUCACUACUGAGGUACCGACUGAUGACCUGCCACAGGUACUGUUUACUGGAUAGGGGGGUCUGCAGUUUGACCCUGUGCUGCUUGGACAUUGUGUUUUGUCUUUAAAAGGUCAUUGCCUGGACUGUUGUUAACUUUUGAUAACUUUUGUUUUAACCACCACUUUCACAUCUUUCCACCUUCAGUCCUGGUAAAGAAUGCAUAGUAUUAUUUAGAUUGUCUUGGCACUUUCAUUAGGCGAUUGUGUGGGUGUCCUCCCCCCCCUCAGCUAUAUGUGGUGGUGUCCGCAGAGUGACACCAAAUAGUAUUUUGCCCAGCUCUGAAAUUCUUGUAACUCUUAUGUGAAUUUAGAGGGAAAGGGCAGUAAUGAAUUUCCCAUUUUAAAAAAUGGGAUUUUGUAGAUUUCUUCACUUUGGAUCAGAUAGAUUGUGUUGUGUUUAAAUGGCUAGAGUUUUGUGUGAUGAGUAAUGUCUGGAAUGGGUUUGGCCAGUGUGUGCACUGUCAGUAUUAUGCACUGAUGGCUUUUGAAUACAUUUUUGUCUUGGGGACCACUUGAGUAUUGUUUCAUUGUUCCUGUGACAUUCUGUCAUCUUCUGUAAACCUUGUAUAUGUUUAAGCAGCUGUGGUUGUAUUAGUUUUUGUAAAUAUUCCUUCAGUUUUGAUACAUUUUCUUAGGAGUAUCUCCAGCGUGUCAUCUAUGGAUGGAUCCACACAGAUAUCUGUGAGUGGUUGGUGUGGAGGAGGACAUUUCAGAUAUUGUUGUCAAAAUGUCAAGUCUUAUCAAUUAAAAUCAUAUAAGCUGUAUUGAUUUAAAGUUUAAAUGUUUUUCAGCCUUAAGACCAGUCUAUCAUGUCAACUUUUGCCAGUGAGUAAUGAAAUUGAUUUGGUCUACAAUUCCUUCUAUUAAGAAAAAAAAAAUGACCACGUGGUGAUAAUGGUGUGAGUAAGAUAACGUUGCAAAUAAAUAUGAAGACUUGA